AUGGUUGCCGGUAUCAAGCUCUGGCUUGCAGCUCUCUUGCCUGUUGCUCUCGCCUGCAAUGGCUACACUGGCGGCGUUCCCAAGGCAGUUGGCACCAAGACCAACAAAGCAGUCAUCACCGUCAAGGCCGGUCAAACCUUUGACGGCAAGUGGAACCGCUACGACCGCGGCGCUGGCGCCUGCAACGGUCAAGGUGAAGGAGGCAAAGCCGACGCCGUCUUCCUCCUCGAAGCCGGAGCCACACUGAAGAACGUCAUCAUCGGCAAAAACCAAGCCGAAGGCGUCCACUGCGACGGCCACUGCACCCUCGAAUACGUCUGGUUCGAAGACGUCUGCGAAGACGCCAUCAGCAUCAAAAACGACAAGUCGGGCUCCCAAUCCUGGAUCAUCGGCGGAGGCGCCUACCACGCUUCCGACAAAGUGGUCCAGCACAACGGCUGCGGCACCGUAAACAUCAUCAACUACUACGUCGAGGACUUUGGCAAACUCUACCGCAGCUGCGGCAAUUGCAAGUCGCAAUGCAAGCGCAAUGUUUACAUCGAGGGUGUGACCGCCAAGAAUGGAGAUUUGCUGGUCGGAAUCAAUUCCAACUAUGGAGAUACCGCUACGAUUAAGAAUACUUGCUCUGAUGCUGGGACCAAGUGUCAGAUGUUCAAGGGUUGCGCCGGUGGUUGCGAGCCCCCCAAGGCCGGUCUCUGCACCGGUUAA